CGUGUUUCCCUCUCGGUGUACACCACCUCUUCUUUACACACACACACACACUCUCGUGAAGAGCUGAAACCAUGAAGACUGAGAUGUUGACAGUGUUGGCAGCGCUGCUGUGUGGAGCAGCCGUCUGCACUGAAAUCGUACCCACCAAAGACUUCAGUCUGGAGAAGAUGGCUGGCAAGUGGUACUUGGUUGGCUUUGCCACCAACGCAGCCUGGUUUGUGAACCACAAGGCUGGUAUGAAGAUGGGCACUGCCACCAUGGUGGCCACAGCUGGCGGAGAUCUGGACCUGUCCUACGCCAACCUGAAGGAAGACGGUAGCUGCUGGAGAAUGACUCACCUGGCCAAGAAGACUGACACCCCUGGACGCUUCACCUUUGUCAGCCAGCGUUGGAACAAUGAGAAUGACAUGCGUGUGGUGGAUGUCCAGUCUGAUGACUAUGCUCUGGUCCACACCAUCAAGACCAAGGAGGGAGUGUCGGAGGUCCUCAACAAGCUCUACAGUCGCAGUCCUGAGGUGAGCGCUGCCCUUCAGGAGAGGUUCCGACAGUUCUCCGAGGAUACGGGAAUCCUGCCUAGCAACAUCGCCAUGCUGCCAAAGAACGAUGAAUGUAGAGAGGCUUAGACUGCCUCCAUCCUCCCACUUUCACUCUCACACACACAAACACACCCUCUCUCUCUCUCUCUCUCUCUCUCUCUCUCUCUCUCUCUCUAACACACACCCUCUCUCUCUCUCUCUCUCUCUCUCUCUCUCUCUCUCUAACACACACACACCCUGCUCACCAUCCUGGGACCUGUCUGCAGCUGUACUACCAAGCUAAAGCUAAACACCUACAGAGACCUGAUAGCUCCACCCUACCCUAAACACCUGCUACAGAGAGCUGCUAGCUCCACCCUGGCGCUUCUACCAGAUCUCCCUCCCCCAGACCCCCUCCCCCCCUGGUCCUCCAGUGGAGUCUGGGAGGACAGGUCAGCUGUUUUAGGACCAAGCUCCUCUCCUGUCUCCACCCUCCCCAUCUCCACAUGUCAACAAGUCAUUUUUUUAUACCGCUGAUUUCUGUUGUUGUGAUUUGCUUUAUUGAAAUAAAAUUGUGUAAAAAUG